AUGGCAGACAUGUCCAAGCAGCACACAAUGACCCUUUUGCCCUCCAUUCCGCGAGUACUCGUCCUUGAUGGCGUGGCGGAAUCUGCUGUCAUUAAACUACGCCAGCUCGGUGUGGAGGUACGUGUGGGCCCGAGUGGCGUAGCCGCAGCGGACCUCGUGAACAUGAUCAUGGACUUCACUCCGGCUGCGGUGAUUGUUCGCUCGGCCACCAAGCUG